CAUCCUCUCGUACCCCCCAAUAACGCGACGAUGUCGACCCCGGAAGUUGAGAAAGCACCCUCAGCGGAAGACGAGGGUCGGAUCUCGAAGGAUGUCGAGGCUCACAUUUCCGUCAGGCUCGACGAUGGAGAUGAAGCCCUCAAGAUCGUUCUGGAAGAAGAGGGGAGCGUGAGCAUGACUCCGGAAGAAGAGGCAGCGCUCUUGCGGAAGAUCGACUGGCACAUACUCCCAUUGCUCUGUAUUGUGUACGGUUUGCAAUACUGGGAUAAGACGACCCUCUCAUACAGCUCCAUCAUGGGAAUCCAGACGGCGACCCAUCUUGUGGGACAGCAAUACAGCUGGCUCGGCUCAAUCUUCUACUUCGGCUAUCUCGCAUUUGAGUACCCCACGAAUCGUUUGUUGCAACGUCUCCCUUUGGCGAAGUUUACGGCGUUCAACAUCGUCGUGUGGGGCAUUGUCCUUGCGUGCAUGGCUGGGACGACCAACUUCGCGGGAUUGAUGGUUGUUCGCUUCUUUCUUGGCGUCUUCGAGGCUUCCGUCUCACCAGGAUUCGCGUUACUCAUGUCGCAGUGGUAUCGAGUCAACGAGCAGGGAGUCCGCACUGGGCUCUGGUUCUCUUUCAACGGCUUUGCUAUCAUCUUUGGCGGUCUCGUUGCCUAUGCACUAGCGAAAGAUGAUCAGGCCCACGAACUUUCCAUUGCGGGCUGGAAAGCCGUCUUCGUUAUUGCCGGCUGUUUGACUAUCGCCUUUGGCGUGGUUCUAUAUCUUGUCAUGCCAGAUUCUCCAUUAACCGCACGAUGGCUGACGCCCCGGGAGAAGACAAUGGUAAUAGAGCGCAUACGUGGGAACAACCAAGGCGUUGGCAACAAGAAGUUCAAACUUCACCAGUUCAUAGAGGCUUUCAUGGAUAUUAAGACAUGGCUGUUCGUGGCUUUCAGUUUGAUUGCCGAUAUACCCAACGGUGGUCUCUCAAACUUCUUUUCCCUCAUCAUUACGUCUUUUGGGUUCACAGCGCAACAAUCCCUUCUUUACGGGUGCCCGGCCGGUGCUGUUGAGGUCAUUACAAUUAUUGGGUUCUUAUGGCUUGGCGAUAAGUUUAAUGCACGAUUGCUCUUCGCGGCUGUCAGCGAAACUAUCUCUCUACUUGGCAUCGUCUUGAUAUACGCCCUUCCGACGAGCAUGAAGGUCGGGCGUCUGUUCGGCUAUUACUUAACUGGAGCCUCGGCCACCGGCAUCGUCACGAUUUUGUCCCUCAUCUCCAGCAAUGUCGCUGGCUACACAAAGAAGACAACUGUCGCAGCCCUGUAUCUCAUCUUCUACUGUGUCGGCAACCUGAUCGGUCCCCAAGUGUUCCAAGCGAAAGAUGCACCACGAUACACACCUGCUCUCAUUACCAUUGUCGUCUGCUUUUCACUGUGUAUCCUCAUUCUCCUUGCAAUCUGGUACAUCAAUCAUCGCGAGAACAUUCGCCGCGAUGAGAUGAAGAGCAGAGGAGAAUACGUGCAUGUACCGAAUCAGGAAUUCCUUGAUCAAACAGACUUGGAAAACAAAGCAUUCCGCUAUCGGUGCUAAUUUGAGGUGCCUUGUUAGAAUACGGUAUGGAUAAGAUGUAGUAGUGGUGUGACAUUCCUGACUAUUUGAUACAAUUGUGAAGAGUGAUAGGCCGAGUGAUUUCAAUCAUACACCGUUAAGCCCGCAUAGCUCUUACCCGACAGGACUCUCUUCAUCUUGUCGGCAGGCUCUUCUUUCUUUUUUCCAGGUUUUUGAAGCUCAACAUCCGCAUCAUCCCACUGAGCGUCUUGUUCCGCAUGCUCCGCCUGAACCGGUUCCGCAUCCGCCUCAUCCCCCGCCUGCCCGAUGAAUGCCUUCAACAUACUGCCUGAAAACCCACUCAUAAGGCUCACACCGCUUUCACUGUUGUUCACCGGCGCCGCGAGCCCCAUUCCUUCGUUGUAGCGUCCACCUGCGAGAUUCCAGUACACCAGUUCAGGGAGGUCGUAUCCUUCACGUUCAAACUCCAGCUUCAAGGUCUGGUGGACCGUCUCCCACGCGCCGUGCAGAUUUCGGUGAUACUGGGCGGAAUCGAACUGCAUGUCACUGAAUACAAACACGCGUUUGACCAUCUGGUCUUUGGCCAGCUUGUGCCGUUUGGCAGUAGGCAGGAGGAGGUAACGGAAGACAGAGGCAAAGUUGGUGUUUUGGCCCCAAUCAGCUGUGGACAUAGCGCUGGCGAUUUCUGCCAAUGACGCUGCUGAACCAUCCGGGCUCUUUGCCUGUAGCUCGACCAGGUUGGGGUGGGCAGAGAAAGUGAUGAACAUGUUCUUCCAAGGCGGAGAUGCGAUUUGAGCAACCAAAAUACUCAGGGCAAGAGCGGGAAAGAUUGGCUGAACUGAGAGUGAUUUAUUGAACUGCCCGUUUUUGACGUAGUUGGCAGCAGAGUACACACUGCCCAUAGAGCCGGACACGUCACAGACGGCGAUGCAGUUAUCCAGUGCACCGAGAGAGGUGAUGUGCUCCAUCAUCGAACUCCACUGCGCGUCAUAGAUACCGCUGUACAACUUGCCAAUAGAUUCCUUCAUGGUGCGCUCAUACCGUGCCUUGACCAUCUUUCCCAUAGCGCGGCGUCCGCUCGCACUUGGACGAUAUGCCUCUCCCACAUCUACGGCAUUGCCAACCAUGGCGCUGAUGAGGAUCUCGUGCGGGAGCAGGGAAGAACCGCUGAGGGUACGUGCCCCUUUGCCGACGGCUUCCAGGUGGUGCACGAAUCGCUGAGGAUCAUGGUACCAGAACAGAGACUUGUUGGAUGUGAAACACACGGCCGGUACCUGCGGAUAGGAGAUCUUGUCCCACUUCCCUGGGUGCAUCUUGGAUUCCGGAACAGCAAGAAAAUCGCGCAGUGGGGUGAGAACAAAUCGCCUCAACAUGUUGCGAGCUUUGAUGAUUUGCUCCUCCUGGUCUGAUGACCCGGGUUGUCCGUGAUUUGGGAAGAGGAUUUGCGCGAUAGCCGAUGUCAUGAGGAAUUGACGAUCAAACGUCUUACCCGUCGAAGGUGCCCAUUUUCCGGCCAGAGAGAUGGUAUUGCUCAGCUUCCGAAUUUGACUUGCUAUGUCGGGGUUUCCGGCACUGGUCUUGCGAAGUCGGACGAUUUCGACAAGAGUACUGAUGUCAUGCGCCAAGACAUCCGCAAAAAGACGAGCCACUGUGACGUAGAUUGAUCGGAACUUGGGAUCUGAGUUUAGCUUCUCUUCCAAAGCCAAGCUCAUCUUCCGGCGUUGCUCAUGACGACGAUCUUUGGCUUUUGCUUGCCAUUCCUGAAGGUGCAUCUGGGCCAUUUGUUGAACAAGCUGAGCAUGUUCUUCUCGAGCCGCAGGUGAGUCUUCGGCUGGCGUUUCGCGGUCAGCAACGGUCAUAGGGUGGUUGCAGUCUGCAUGAUCUGCUCGGAAUACGGGGGCUGGUCCGAAGGCGCUCUUUAGGAUGUCCGGAGUCAUCUGCGGAUUUCCCAGCUGGUCGUGGAAGGCGAGAGAGACGACACUGAGCAGAUCUUUCCAACAGCCAUGGGAUCGCGCCGGGCGCUCAAGGAAUUCUUCAUUGGAUGUCUUGUCUGGCUCUGACUGCAUUUCGAGCUUGGCUUGCUCCCAUUUUUUCUUUGCGGCAACGUUCCUCGGAUCGUCGCAUAUCUUCGCCACAAGCUGGUCGAGGUUUGCAAUAGCAGUGAUAGGAUGCUCGCGAUAAAGCCAACCAAACGCAUGGAAGAAGACAUUGAGAGCGUUUUUCCCCUCGUGAAUGGAGCGCAGAUUGAAGAUGAGACGGAGUGUCAUGCUGGGAUCCUGCGCCCAUGCCUCGGUCAAGCGAUUGUACACCUCCUGCCCUGAAGAGCACUGGGCAAUUCCGAAGAAUGCAUCCAGAACGGCGUCACUUGUGCUGGCAUAUGCACCUGCGUCGUUUGUGGUCCAAGUGCGAUUGUCAGGAUCCGUGAACAGCUGUCCCUUGUGGGAGUCGGAGCGCAGAGCAUCAGCCAGAGAAAUUGUAGCCGAUACCUCCGAAGGGGGAACGGAGUCGAUAGGUGCAACACGAGUCGAGUGACGUAACUUCGGAAUAUAUUCAGGAUCGAGUAGAUCAUUCAAGAUGCUAGUCGGUAGAAGAACGGUGGCAGAAGACUUCGCAGGGUUGCAGUUCGGAUUAUGCACGGAGGUGGUCGGAGGAAAGGCAUCCGCAAGGAUUCGGAGGUCGAGAGCGAUGGGUUUGGCCAUGAUGAUCGGACUGCGAACAGUUGAAGUGCCUACGGAGGAGAAUGGGCGUGGAUACUUAUAGACAGACACGAGGUGGGCGCUUGGGGCACAUCGGAAGCAUUGCGACAGGGUUCUGGUCAUUAUGACUCGCUGCCACCGCACUGUCAGUGUGACUCCAACUCUCGUGAUUCGGUAGUCAAGGUACAAAUCAAUUUGACGCGCAAGUAAAGAAAUCAAGUGACGGAGAAU